AGCAGCUGUGUACAUAUUUGCCAAGUCGAAACAACAUUCUUAGCCAGCGACCAAGUGAGUCCACCAAGACGUUAUUGCGAUCAGUUAACGUCUGAACGCCGAUUUAUCCGAAUAUACUUGACGAUUCAAUUAUCUAGCCAUGGCUAAUCGCAAUCUGGUUAAAGUGCUAUUAUUGGUGGCAUUGCUCGGCUUGAGUCUCAUGCCACUUUGUCAGGCGCAUCCAAAACGUGGUCGCAAGCGAGCCUUUGGAGUGGGUCUCUUGGGUGGAGCUCUGGCUGGCGCUGUCAUAGGCAAUGUUGUGGCCAAGUCCCGUCAGGCACCCGCUGCAGCUCCUGCUGCUCCGGUAGCCGUAGUGCAUCACCACUAUCCAGCUGCUCCAGCAGCCCCUGCUCCGGCAUCCCAGCCAGCUCCCCAAAAGAUGACUGUCAUCGAAACCGGCACACCCGCCGCCAACGGAUGCUACACGCAAACUAUUCGCGAACCCGAUUCCAGCAAUCCAAAGUCCUACACGGAGACGCAGCACCUGAUAUGUCCCACGCUGCAGCAGGCCAGCCAGCCUGUACCAGCAAUCGCUCCAAGUGUUGCCCAGGUUCCCGUGAUGCCGCAGCCCUCGCCAGUUUUCCCAGCUCCAGCUCCAGCUCCUCCUGUUGCUCCAGCUGCCCCUGUGGUUGCUGUUGCUCCAGCUGCUCCCGCUGCUCCAGCUGCUCCAGCUGCUGCUGCUGUUCCUGCUGCUCCCGGCGGCCCUGUAGCGGUUCAGCCUGCUGUCCCCGUGGUCGUCCAUCCUGCUGCAGUUCCAGUGGCUGCCCCGGGUCCGGCUCCGAUUGCUCCCGCAGUUCAGCACAAUCCUGGUCAGCCGCAGGUCAUCCUGCUCUCAAAGAAAACCGUGUACUAUCCCAAAAAGCGAUCAUCUGCGCCCACACUCAAUAUUCCGCAGGUUCUGCUAGCCAUGCUGGUAAUUUUCUACUCUAUCAAGGCUUUUACAUUUUAA